AUGGGCGACUCAGAAGCCCUGGAGCCAUACCGCCUUACGGGUCCUAAGAGAGACAUAUUGGACCAAUGCUUCACAGACGCCCCCGUACCAGAUGAGAUGUUACAGACACAUCAAAAACGACCCAUGCCAUCCAGAUUGCUCCAUUUACUUGAUAAGAUGCUCAUCCCAUCCGAAGAGUUGAAACAAGCCACAUACCGGAGCAUCAGUCGCGCGUGGGACGAGUACGCAGCCGGCGGCGAGAACCCUAGCGCAUUCAUGCGAUCACCGACUGGAGCGCCUUACAAGAUAGUCUCUAUUGAAGGUAAAGGGCGCGGGGUUGUUGCGACUCGCGACAUCAAAGCUGGCGAAACUGUUUUGCAGGAGUCACCCGUCCUAAUUGUGCCGCACGGCCAGUUUUCGCCUCUGAUCUUACUCCUCUUACCCAAGCAAGCCUUGGAAGCCAUCUUGCUCUUGCACAAUGCGCAACCUGAUGAAACACCAUACACAAAGAAGGAGGAUUUUGCUCAUAAUCGUCUUAUUGAUGCGCUUAUGGGUUGUGUGACUACCAAUGCAUUCGAAGGUGGGGCCUCAUUUGGCCAAAUUGGAAUGGUUCUUUUGACUGGGUCGAUGUUCAAUCACGAAAGCAACCCAAACGUCAGGAGGCAUUGGGAUCAGCAGCUGGAGCAGAUGGUGUUCAAGACGGUUCGAGAUGUCAAGGAGGGCGACGAGUUCACGGUCCAUUACUCCGGCUCUGCAGAGAAUCUGAGGAAGUACGGCAUCUGA